CUGCCCAGACCCUAAACAAACACACAUAUAUAUAUAUAUAGUUGUCAUUCCCGGGAAAAUCAGCUGAAGGGUAGUUGGGCCUCCAUCUUUCCAAUCUUUGCAUUCCAUCACUUUGUCUGCCCCCAAACCCUCACCACCGGAAUAUUCCUUUUCGAGCCGGAAUUACGUAUUUGUCGGCGACAUGAAAUGCCUUAGGGUGUUGACUACUAAACCAACUGCAACAGUCUUCAUCAGAACUUCUAAAUUAGCUCCACAAGUGAAAAGGGUCCAUCAGUGCCAGUCGUCUGGUGUUAGUUUUCCGGCAUCCAUGACAACCAUCUCAACGCACGGCAAACCCUUGUCGCGGUACGCUUUGCAGGCGGUAUCAUCGAAUAUCGGGUCUGGUGUGAUUCAUGAGUCGCAGGGGAAAACACAGUACUUGGAGGAGAGCAUUGAGAAGGCUAUUUAUGGGUGCCGAUUCUUGGCAAUUCUCGCAGUUUUUGGUUCUUUAGUCGGAUCCUUACUAUGUUUCAUAAAGGGGUGCACCUGUGUUGUCUCAUCUUUCCAACAAUACUUUGUGGAUGGCGGGAAGGUGAUCGUGUUGCUGGUUGAAUCCAUUGAUGUUUAUCUUUUAGGAACAGUUAUGCUGGUCUUUGGCAUGGGCCUUUAUGAGCUAUUCAUCAGCAAUCUUGACAUUGCAAAGUCGCUGUCAGAUGAAAAUGUUCCAUACAGAUCAAAUCUCUUUGGUUUGUUCCCACUAAAGGAACGGCCGAAAUGGUUAGAAAUAAAAUCAGUGAAUGAGUUGAAAACCAAACUUGGCCAUGUAAUAGUGAUGAUUCUUCUUAUCGGAUUAUUCGACAAGAGUAAGAAGGCUAUUAUUCAGUCUCCUGUGGAUUUGCUUUGCUUCUCAGCUUCUGUGCUUCUUUCCUCUGGUUCUCUGUAUCUGCUGUCGAAGCUCAAUGGCUCAAAAUAAAUUUACCACACGGAGUUUAGGAGCUAACCACGGAGACUAUGGCGGCAAGUCCAAAUUAGGUGAUUCUUGAGUUUAAAUUCAAGAAUUUUGAGAUAGCUUUCCAAUUGUGCCAACCUCAUCUUUAGAUUCAUUUCCUAUUGAGGCAUGGAGACCAUUCAACGUCUGUUCUACAUUGGAUGAGCUCUUACGUCGCAUUGCCUCUACCUCUACAAAUAUUCCUCCACCCGCAUAUUAGCUGACUAGGGUUAAUAUUGGCCUCUUCAUUAGUAUGGUUAUGCAUAAUGUCUGUAAACAUGAACUUUUAUUAUUUGUGCCUUCACUAGUUCCGGUGGUGUAGCUAAAUGUGAGCGUAU